AAACUUCUGAGGUUUUACCAGUUUAGAGGUUUAUUAUCUCGAAUUACUUUGGGUGCCGUAAAAAAACGCCCUUCUUAAAAUGUCGACGUGUGUGUAAACAAGCACUGAGCUUCGAACGGGCGGAGACGGCGGUGAAUUGAUACCGGAGCUCUGCUUCCUAGUUGGAAAAUCUCGCGUUUGGAGCGCUGCGUGUAGAAAUCGGCGCCGCGGACUACGAGACCCGAGGACUCCGCCAUGGCUUUUCUGCGGCUCCUGUCCGGAUGCGUUUGGGAGAAUCUGGACAUGACCUCUCUGCUCGUGUUCGCCUUCAUCUUUUUAUUGUUAUCCGAUUAUAUCAAACACAGAGCACCGAAGAACUUUCCUCCAAGUCCGCUGGGGCUGCCAUUUUUGGGAAAUGUUUUCAGUCUCGACUCCAAACAGACCUACGUUUACAUUGGAAAGCUUGCAGAGCAAUACGGUGAUGUCUUUAGCCUGAGACUGGGAGGAGAGACAACCGUGUUUGUCAGUGGCUACAAGACUGUUAAGGAUCUCCUGGUCACUCAGACGGAUGCUCUGACCAGCCGACCUGCGGCCCCUCUGUUUGAACGGAUCAACAAGUGUCAAGGAGUUACCGUCAAUAAUGGUUACCCAUGGAGGCAGCAGAGAAGAUUCACCUUAAGUACUCUGAGAAACUUUGGGGUCGGAAAAAAAAGUUUAGAAAGCAUCGUGAGUGAAGAGAUCUGUUUUUUCCACAAAACCUUUAAGGAGGAGGGUGGAAAGCCUUUUAAUCCCCACUUCAUCAUUAACAAUGCCGUUUCGAACAUCAUCUGCUCAAUCGUCUUUGGACACAGGUUUGAUUACAGCGACAGCCGAUUUCAGGAGCUGUUGCACCUAAUCUCCGAAAUCACAUACUUGGAGGGCACCUUGUGGGUUCAGGUCUACAACGCCUUCCCACGGCUUAUGAAACUCUUACCUGGACGACACAACCAGCUCUUUUUUUAUUUUGAGAGGAUUAUGGACUUCUUGAGAGAGGAGAUUCGAGAACACAAGGUUGAGUGGGACCCAUCUUCUCCCCGUGACUACAUUGACUGCUACCUUGCUGAAAUUGAAAAUCGCAAAAAUGAUGUUGAGGCCCAAUUCCAUGAGGAGAACCUGGCCUACUGCCUGCUGGACCUGUUUGUGGCUGGGACGGAGACGACAUCCACGACUCUGCGGUGGGCGCUGCUCUACAUGAUGAAGUAUCCACAUGUGCAGGAGCAGGUCAGAGCGGAGAUUGACAGCGUGAUCGGACGUGAACGUCCACCUUCAAUGGAAGACAGGACCAACAUGCCUUACACCGACGCCGUCAUUCACGAGAUCCAAAGAUUUAGCAACAUAGUCCCACUAGGCCUGCUCCGAAAGACUAACGAGGAUGUCACCCUGAGUGGCUGCUUCAUUCCAAAGAACACUACGGUGGUUAUAAAUCUGACAUCUGUGCUUUUUGACAAGAAUGAAUGGGAAACCCCUGACUCCUUCAACCCUGGGCACUUCCUGAACGCUGACGGAAAGUUCAAAAGGAAAGACGCCUUCAUGGCAUUUUCAGCAGGUAAGCGCUCCUGCCUUGGUGAGUCUCUGGCCCGCAUGGAGCUUUUCCUCUUCUUCAGCUCUUUGCUCCAGAAGUUCACCUUCCACACCCCUGAAGGAGUGCAGCUGAGUCUCCAGUCCCAGAAUGGCUUGACGCGCACCCCGGUGAUGAGAGAGAUCUGUGCCGUGGCCCGCUGAAGCUCCCGGGAGAAAUCAGGAUGGUGUGGUGAGCUGGGCACUCGGUGUCUCUGCUCUUUAAUAAACACGUUUAUAUUAUA